AUGUUGGUACCCGGCCUACUUCUAUUACUGUGGCUCGUAUGUGGACUACAUGGGGCUAUACCAGACGUAUGUCAAGAUGGGACUGGCGAUGGUGGCAAUGGUCAACCAUGCGAUUGCUGGAGGACAUCCGACGGGAAUCUAACCGUAGACUGUUCAUAUAGAGGAUGGGUUUCCAUCCGCCCCUUCCCCAUCGACACAUCGGUGUUAAAUCUUAUGCACAACAACAUCACCCGGAUCGAAUAUGUGGACUUUGAUCGACUAGACCACCUUCAAGAGUUGAUCCUGACUGGUAAUGAGCUUCUAUGCGAUGACCAAUUGGUGGACUUUAAAAGCUGGCUCCUUAAUCUAAAGAGUGUGACGUCAUCGGUUAUUGUGACGGGUGCUCUUUGUGACAACAGCAUAUACAGUGGGCAGGAAGUCACCGAAGCAAUGUUCGGUAUUACAGGUAUAUACAAAACAAACUAUAGAGAGGUUAAAGACAGUUUCACUCACACGUCACCCACUGUCCUACCACGAAACCUUUUGUCAGUUUUCUCUGGUACUAUUAAACAGAGAACUACUUGCCAGAAUGAAGUGAUAUACCAAGCAAACGGGGAAGUCAAUAUCAAGAAGACGUGCGAAUUAUCUAAGGACUGUCUGAGCUCUGCCGCCGCUACAAACGGAGAAUCUUGUCGUCAAGUUGAUGGUUCGACUUCAGUCUGCGUUUACUGCUGCCAAGGGACUUUGUGUAACAAAGAACUGAACACAAUUAACGUGAACUACACAUUUCCGUUCCGAGCACCACUUCCAGUAGCGACAAAACCCCCAAGCACUGAAACGGCACCCAUGACAUCGUCAUCACCCCUCGGCACGACUGAACAAUCUACUAUCCCAAUCACGAAUGAUAUCCCAAUUACGAAUUCGCCAGAUAGUACGUGUUUUAGCGAAGUAACGCUAGGGGAUACUGGUGUGAUCACGUGGCCAGAGACCGGAGCGAACCAAACAGUGACAGUGCCGUGCCCGUACAAUACUAUUGGAGUUGGUAUGAGCUUUGCUUGUAGGACUUGUUUUUGGAACGCCAGUAACGGCCCGUCAUUCUGGGAAGAUCCCGAUACAGAUGAUUGUUCGUCAGCGUCUAACGUUCUCAAAGAACUCAUCAAUAUUCAAAUCACCGAAGAAAAUGUUUUAGAAGUAUCAUCUACGCUGGAAUCGGUGACGUCAUAUCCGGCGUCACUCAAAGCCGAUGACGUUACAAAUGCUGUUGGUGUCCUGUCAAGUCUUCUGCGCACUCUCAAAUUAUACCCAGUAAAAGGGCGGGAGAUCUUCCAGGACUCCAUGGCAACAGCGUUUCAGAUGACGUCAGUGAGAUUGGAAGAACUCGUGAAUAGUCAAAUAAUAAACAGGACCACAAGCAGAUUGUUGUACCUUAUCGAUGAGUUUACAAUUCAAGUACCUCUAAUCAACUCCACACAGUUGACGUCAGAGUCACGUGCCGUUGACGUCAUCAUCGUCGAUGCACGUGAUCAAAGCGAGGAGAGCAUCCUAUUCGGAGGAUCGCAAUCGGGCGAAGAUGACGACGUCAAGCCUUUUAUUUUGAGAAACGAAACUUCACCAGGAAACGGAACGGACUUACUCGGUUCCAUACACGUACCACCAAUGCUACUGCAAGAUGCAGGCGUGUACCUGAGUACAUGUCAGUUCCUGCUUUACCAACAAACAACUUAUUUCAAUGCUAUCACAACAUCAGUGGAAAGCCAAACCGACGGCUUCAAAUCAACGUCUGAUAACGUCACGGGCACGGUACUGAACAGUGCUGUGAUCUCGGCGUCUAUCGGGAAUCUAACCUUAACAGACCUUGCAAAGCCUGUCAGGAUUCACCUCCAAGUACUCCGAACACAAGGUGCUGACAAUCCUCAGUGUGUUUUCUGGGAUGUGAAUGCGAACGAUUUCCAAGGAGGUUGGUCAACAGAAGGCUGCUCGUUAAUCAGUGAGUUGACCAACUCUGAGACUGUUGUUUGUGAGUGUGACCAUCUCACAAACUUCGCAAUGUUAAUGGAUAUUUACAACAAAGGUGAACCAUUGGAUCCAGUACACGCCCAAAUCCUGUCAGUGUUAUCUUAUGUAGGUUGCAGUAUCUCUAUCGUUGCACUGGCUUUGACCAUCUUGACAUUGGGCUGUUUCAGAGAAGAGCCAAAAUACAGAGCUGAUGGGAGUGGUUCGUUUAACACCGGCAAAAACGGGAAAGCGAGAGCCGAUCGGCACACGAAAAUCCUCGUCCAUCUCUCGGUAGCGCUGGCUCUCUCAAACAUCGCCUUUCUUGUUAAUACCCUUACGGUUGAACUUGGCCUAGAGGAAAGCGUCUGCAUCGGUAUGGCUGCGGCUACUCACUACAGCUUACUAGCAUCGAUGGCAUGGAUGGCACUCGAAGCAUUCAACAUGUAUCUGGCACUCGUGCUGGUCUUCGAUAAAUAUUACAGCAGAUUCAUGAUGAAGAUGUGUCUGUUUGGUUGGGGUACGCCCUUUGUCAUAGUGGCUGUAACAUUCAGUAUCAACUUCCCAGAGAAUUACGGACUUUACAACGGCUUAUGUUGGUUAUCGCGCAUUCCUUUCUACGCAUCUUUCCUCGCACCCGUCUCAGUCGUUCUCCUCUUCAACCUCGUCAUCUUCCUGGUAGUCACGUUGCAGCUUUGUAAAAUGCGCAGGCGCAACAUCAGCCAAUCACGGCGCAACUUUGAUCUAAGGGCGCAGUUCAAGGCGUGUGCGAGCAUCACGGUCCUGUUUGGCCUCACGUGGUUCUUUGCUCUGUUUGGCAUCGGUGAGGCGAAUCUGGCAUUCAGUUACUUAUUCGUCAUCUUCAACACGACACAGGGGUUUAACAUCUUCGUAUUCCAGUGUCUUCUCAAGCCGUCAAUUCGACAACGGUGGAUGAAGUUAUUGGGAAUGCAACAUGAGGAUAUUAGUUCAUCGACAAAGUCAUCUGCCAGUUGUGGAAAAGAUUCAAAGAAUGAAGGAAUCGUGAAUGCUGCAGAGCUGUCUAAGAUCUCGGAGCCGAAUGGUAUAGAUAACCCUAUCUGCAACGAUCAGUCAUAACUAUUGAAGGCCUUAUUGAAUCAGCGUGCCAAGCGUCAUUACCAAUGGCAAACGUCGUCACUUAAGAGAGUCAAAUAAAUUAGUGAGAGUUUAAAACGCUAGGUGGCAGCAGACAUUAUCACUCGUUGAUUUAAGUCGACUUUAAGAUUAAACUUUAUAUUUUUGUAAGAUUCGCACGACGAAGAAAGAAGGGAUCAUAUGAGC